CUCUCCUUCGAUCCUAGGAAGAAUUAAAAACAGCUCACGAGAAAACACUUCACUUUAAUAGAGAGAUUUUAUUUUCAAACUUCAAAAAAAUGGCGACCACAAGCCUAAACCAGAUUAUUAUAAUACUCCCAUCGCCACAAUCCAAAACUAUUCGUUCAAUACAAAUCUAAACUCACACCCCUUGUGGUUCAGAUCCAGUUCUCUCAACACCACCAUUCACAAACUUUUCAAUUUCCCUUUGGUGAUGCUAGCCGCGGUUUCAUCCUUCACCCUCAACAAAGAUGAAAGAGAAGGAGAAACAACCGAUCAAAGCUUCUCAAUCAUGGCCGGAGACGAUAUUCCCGAGUUCUUACUCGAUGUUAGCAUUGACUUCGAUGACUUGUUUAUGGGAAUUAACGAUGAAGAUAUCUUACCCGAUUUGGAAAUGGACCCCGAUCUUCUUGCUGACUUUUCUCUUGAUGUAUCCGACCUAAACCUAACGUCUUUCUCUGCUCGCGAUGAAGAAGAUGAAGAUAGGGUUUCGGAUUAUGGUUCUGGGUCGAGCUCGAGCCUUAGCCCCGAUCAAUCUUCUUCAAAGGGUGCAAAGAUAAACGAGCUGUCGUGUUCUCCAAAGACUAGUAAUAUCGAGAAAGGAAGGAGAUCUAAGGUUUCCGGGAAUUCUAAGAAUAACAAUCCUCAUGGAAAAAGGAAAGUAAAGGUGGAUUGGACUCCAGAUCUGCAUAGAAGAUUUGUUCAAGCGGUCGAGCAAUUGGGAGUGGAUAAGGCAGUCCCUUCAAGGAUUCUUGAACUGAUGGGCAUUGAUUGUCUCACUCGCCAUAAUAUUGCAAGUCAUCUUCAAAAAUAUAGGUCUCAUCGCAAGCAUUUGUUAGCGAGAGAAGCCGAGGCAGCAAAUUGGAACCAAAGGCGACAAUUGUAUGGAACAACAACAGGUGUUGGUGGGAAGAACAUGAGCCCAUGGCUUGCACCAACAAUGGGCUUCCCUCCCAUGGCGGCCCCUCCACCACCUCCGAUGCAACAUUUCAGACCCUUACACGUAUGGGGCCAACCAUCAGCCGACCAAUCAAUGCUCAUGCAUAUGUGGCCUAAACAUAUACCUCCCUCUCCAUCUCCGCCUUCCACCGCCACUUGGCCAUCUCCUCCAACUAGGCCACACCUUGACCCCUUUUGGCACUCACAUCAAUAUCAAAGGGCACCGGCAACACCUGGUUUUCCGGCGCCGGUUCCACCUAUGGCAGCUGCAAUGGCAACAACGAGAUUUGCUGCUCCAACGGUCCCAGGCAUUCCACAUCAUCAUCAUCACCAUGCCGCCAUGUAUAGACCGGCGGUUGACCCCGGUUCGACCAGAACAACCGCCCCAAAUCCUCCGGCUGAUUUUCAUCCGUCAAAGGAAAGCAUAGAUGCGGCCAUUGGAGAUGCUCUAUCAAAGCCAUGGCUUCCACUUCCAAUCGGGUUGAAAUCGCCAUCUCUCGAUAGUGUCAUGGGUGAACUACAACGUCAAGGAGUUCCCAAAAUACCCCCAACCACAUGUGUUUGAACUUGGAACUAAUAAUAAUUAAUAUUCAUGGUCUUUUUUCUCCAUCAGUAUUGAUCGAUGAUCAAGGCAACUUCAUGGGUCUGAUCUUGGAUGGAGGCUCGGAUCAAAAAACCCUAAAAUUCGACGACUUUUCAUGCACUUGGAUACAAAUUGUCUCCUUUUUUUCAGCUAUAAUGUGUCUAGCUAAGCAUACUGGUCUAGCUAGCUAUGCAUGCCAGCCAGUGAUGAUGCUGAUAAUUGCUGUUGUGAGUUUGACAACUCUAAGUGCGUUAUGUCUUUUUCAAUGUAUUAUUUUUAGAUGAGGUACUUUAUGUGUGAACUCAAUAAUUUUGUAACAAACAAAAAAACAAAACUAACAUUUACGGGGUUCUUUUGAAACUAUAUAUAAUAAUUAUGAGAACUUCUUUUGAUUUA